AUGACGCAGACGGAGCCGCUAAGUAUCUCUCGCAAGGCUUUUACUUGGUUGAAACAUGGCUCGCAGGCCUGUGGCAAGUAUCUUUGGGAGCAUACCAUUGUUGUACACAUUGUACCUCCCUCUGGAUUCAAGGACAACCUAUCGAUUUGCUGUAAUCUGGGUCUAGAGAUACCUGUGUGUGAAAAGGCUACUGCCCGUUUUCAAGAGAGCUGGCCACAGAAGGAUAUGACCAGGCAUACUCGACAAGGUCCUGAAAUACGUGCCGGGGCUGUUGCGAUCAACCACUCAGAGCAUGAGGAAGUCAUCGUCGGCACAGCUGAUAUGGCAGUGUCAUGA